GGAAGCGUUUAAAGAGGAAUGUAUACAUGAACAGAGAAGGAGAAGUAGAGUGAAGCUGUAACUGUACAACUGGGGCUGUGCCUUUGUUUUUAGUGACAGUAAAGCAGGGACUUCCCUUUGGAGAAGAGGUAUGUGGUGAGUAAAGUGAAAUACUGUAGGGCUGAAGGAGGAGUCUGGAGAGAGGCAGCCAAAGGGAGGGGCAGGGACAGGCUUGUCUUCAGCUGAGAAAGGAAAUAACAACUCUUUCACACUGUCCACAUCUCGUGGAGUGUUCCAUUCCCGCUGACACCAUGGAUAACUUCCAGACCGUCCUGCGGUUCUUCAUGAACCAGAAGGCCACCAUUGGCUACAGCUUCAUGGCUCUGUUGACUAUAGGCGGGGAGCGUGUUUUCUCCAUGGUUUCCUUUCAGUGUCCGUGCAACCAUGAUCAGAACUUUGCCUAUGGGCUGACUUUCCUGUUGGGCCCGGCUGGCGUGCUGCUGAUUUUAGGUCUCUUCUUCAGCAGCAGGCUGUGGAGGCUGUAUACCGGCUGCUGCCUGAACCCCAUGAAGUUGUGCCCCCGGGGGAACUGCUUUGGCUCACUCAGGGUUUUUAUGAAUAUCUUCAGUGGAGCCUGUGUGGCUCCUAUUAUGUGGCUCUGUGUGGCCCUGCUAAAUGGGACCUUUUAUGAGUGUGCUGUCAGCGGUCUGGACGAUAACCUGGUGGUGGAUCUGUUCUGUAAAAACAAGACUCUGAAGUGUCGGGAGGAGCUGGCCCGGGUGCCCUGCGACCGCUCCAAACUUACUGCUGAUGAGCGGAUGGAGCUGCUGCUCAUGUUCCGAGCCCAGUCACAGAGGAUGCAAGGAAAGUGGUGCUGA